AUGGCAACUUAAAUCAAGGAGCCACUUUUGAAUGAAGAAGCCUAAACUGAUUUUGGGAUGACAGCAAAAGAGUUGUCGUAAGAUUUUUAAUUAGAUUUUAAGUUAAAUGUUUAUUCCUGAUAAUAUAAGAGAUGGUUCAAGUAUAGAAAUGUUAUCUAGAUUUGGAAAGGUUUAAGGAUUAAUAUAAAAAUUAAAGACAGAUCCAAAAGUAAUAAAGUUGAAUAAAUUGUUAGAAAGGAUUAGAUGGAACAAAUAUUAAUGAUAUGGAAUUGAGAGUUAAAAAGUAUAAUAAUUGUAGAUUUAAAUUAGUUUUGGAGAUAACAAACCAGAUGUAAAAGAACCAAAAAGUUUAAUAGAAUAUGUAUAAAUAAAUAAAGACUAAAUAGAUACUUGAAAAUUUUGAGGAUUAAAUGUUAAGAAUAUUAUGUUUAGCAGCAGCAGUAAAUUUGAUAAUAGGUGUAUGGACUGAAGGUUGGAAAGAAGUAAAUUAUACAUUUUUAACAAAAUCAAGGGAUGGAUGGAUGGAAUGGCAAUAUUUAUAGCAGUAAUAAUUAUUGUAUCUGUUACAGCUGGGAAUAAUUAUGUGAAAGAUUAACAAUUUAGAAAAUUAAAUGCUAUAGCAGAAAAUAGGAAUGUAAAUGUUAAGAGGGCAGCUAAAAUUGUUAGUCUUAAUAUAUAUGAAUUGGUUGUUGGAGAUAUUAUGAUUGUAGAUACUGGAGAAAAAAUGCCUGUUGAUGGAUUAGUUCUAGAAUCAAGUGAAUUAACAGCAGAUGAAUCAUCUGUUACUGGAGAAACUAAACCUAUUAAAAAAAUUGUUCCACAAUCUUAUGAAAAACUUAAUUAAAAAGAAAAUGCUAAUUCAUUUUUAAUUAGUGGAUCAUCAAUUAUAGAUGGCACUGGCGAAAUCCUUGUUUUAGCUGUGGGAGAAAAUUCUUAGUGGGGUAUUUCCAAAAAACUAUUGACAUAAUAAACCAAAGAUGAUAAAACUCCAUUAUAAGAGAAACUUGGAAUAUUAGCUGAUUAAAUUGGUCAAUAUGGAUUAGGAGCAGCUAUUGUAACUUUUCUUGCAAUGUCACUUCAUUUAUUAUUUGACGCUGUUUUUAAUGAUUAUCCUUUAUUUUCUGCUCAUGCUAUAAAAGAGAUUUUAAAUUUUUUUAUAGUUUCUGUCACAAUUAUAGUAGUGGCUGUUCCAGAAGGGUUGCCAUUAGCAGUGACAAUAGCAUUGGCUUAUUCAGUUGGAAAGAUGAAAGAUGAAAAGAAUCUGGUUAGAUAUUUAUCUGCUUGUGAGACAAUGGGAGGAGCAAAUAAUAUCUGUAGUGACAAAACAGGGACUUUAACAGAGAAUAAAAUGGCUGUCACAAAUUUAUAUAUUGAAGACAAAGAUUUUAAUAUAUUAGAUACAAAAUUAAUAAAAAGUUCAACAUUAUCCUUAUUAUGUGAAGGCAUAUGUUUGAAUUCAAUGGCACAUCCAUAAAUAAAUGAAAACGGUAAGUUUGAACAUAUAGGUAAUAAGACAGAAUGUGCUUUAUUAGAAAUGGCUUAUAAAUUUGGAUACGAUUUUAGAUAGAUAAGAUAGAAUAUGGGAGAAAAAAUAAAAAAGAAAUUUCCUUUUAAUUCUGAAAAAAAAAAGAUGACAAUCGUACUUGAUUUAUAAGGAAAUAGAACCUAGUUUACAAUUUUUACAAAGGGAGCUCCUGAUAUGCUUUUGGAUAAAUGUACUCAUUAUAUAAAUAGUGAAGGAAGACCAGUAGUGUACAAUAAAUAAAUUAAUUAAUAGAAUUACAAAUGAUUACAAGUAGAAAGUGAAUGCAGUAAUAAAAAAUUAUGCUUCAUAAUCACUAAGAUCAAUUCUUUUACUGUAUAGAGAGACAAUGUUAUAAGGAAGACCAACAAAGACAGAGGAUUUUAAUAAUAUUGAAGAUUUAAUUGAUAAAUCAUAUACAAUUAUUGGAAUUACAGGAUUGUAAGAUCCUUUAAAAUAAGGUAUAGUAAAAGCAGUUUAGUAAUGUAAGGAAGCAGGUGUAAUAGUAAGAAUGGUAACUGGAGAUAAUUUUGAUACAGCUGUAGCCAUAUCUAAAUAAGCAGGAAUAUUGUCUUAAAAUUAUGAAAAUCAUGAAGAUUCUCUAGCUGUUUUGGAAGGCAAAACCUUUAGAUAAAUGAUUGAAGGUUUGAUAUAUGAGAAAUAAGGAGAUCAAGAUAUUCCUAAAGUUAAAAAUCUUUAAAAUUUUACAAUAAUUGCUAAUGAAUUAAGAGUAUUGGCAAGAUCUUCUCCUGAAGAUAAAUUUUUAUUAGUAACAGGUUUAAAAUAGCUUGAUAAUGUUGUUGCUGUAACAGGAGAUGGAACAAACGAUGCUCCAGCUUUAAAAAAAGCAGAUGUUGGUUUUGCUAUGGGUAUUUAAGGAACAGAAGUAGCAAAAGAAGCAGCAGGUAUCAUACUUUUAGAUGACAAUUUUGCAUCUAUUGUAACUGCUAUGAAAUGGGGUAGAAAUAUAUUUGAUUGUAUCAGAAAAUUCCUUGUUUUUUAAGUGACUGUCAAUGUAGUUGCUGUCUCAAUGGCGUUUUUAGGUGGAGUCUUUUUAAAAGAAUCUCCUUUAACAAGUAUUUAAAUGUUAUGGGUUAAUCUAAUUAUGGAUACACUUGCAUCUCUUGCUUUAGCCACUGAACCACCUAAUGAUGAAUUACUCACUCGUAGACCAUAUGCUCGAAAAGAACAUAUGAUUACACCUGGAAUGUGGAGAACUAUAUUAUGUUAAGCUGCUUUCUAAUUGUUUGUUCUACUCAUCAUAUUAUUCAAAGGUGAUUCAAUAUUUUAAAUCCCAUCUAGUAGAGGACAUAGACUUGAUGAAUAAUACAAGUAACAAUCUCAUUUAUUUUAGUCCCAUCUAUUAAUAACAUUAUACUAUAUUCUUUCAUGUCUUUGUAUUUCUAUAAGUCUUUAAUGAAAUCAAUGCAAGGAAAUUAAAAAGAACUGAAUUGAAUGUUUUUCAAGGCUUCUUUAACAAUUGGCUUUUUCUAUCUGUUAUCGUAGGAACCAUUCUUGUCUAAAUCAUUAUUGUGUACACUGUUUAUCAUUAUUCUUAUAGUUAAUUCGGAGGUAAAGCUGUUAAAGUCACUCCUUUAAAUUUCUCUCAUCAUUUCAUCUGUGUUCUUAUUGGUAUGUCUAGUUUAGUUAUUGGUUAUUUGAUUAAACAAAUUCCUGAUUAAUACUUUUAAUCUAUUGAAUUAUUCAGAGAAUAAGUACUUAUUGAUGCUGAUCCUAAUUCUAUUCAAGUAUUAAACUUUAUCCUAUUCAGGGCAAAUUCAAAAGACCUUCUACAUUUUUGAGAAAAAAAAGGCAACUUGAGAAUAAGCAAACCAACAAGACUUUUUCAGAAAUUGAAUUGAAAAAUGGACAAUUCGGCUUUUAAAUAAAAUGA